CCCGCCAUCCCGCCUUUCGCUAGCAAGCACUACCACACCCCCAUGUCGACAAUCAACUACGCACGCCUCGAGGGCAUCCAGAAGAGCGAGCUCCCUGGGGCCAUUAUCUUGGCUGCCAUAUACCUUCCACUCUUCAUCUUCAACGUCGUUCGAAGCAUACGCCAUCCCACAUAUGUGCUCUUCGUUCUGUCAUUCUUCUGCAUCGUACGCGUCACAGCGUUCACGCUCAGGGCUAUCCUGGCUGGUAGCGAUACUGCAGGCGAGAAUGUCAGCCUCGUUAUCGCAGAGUCGAUCAUCUACUCCGUUGGGUUCUUCGGGCUAUUGUACUCCGCAUAUACGCUCGUACUCGACCGUGAACGCAUGAUCGGCCGCGGCCAGCCUCAGCCCGGCCCCAUCGGCUUUCUGCUCACCAUCAUCAGCAACCGGAAGAUCAUCCGAAUGGCACUUACCGCUGCCAUCGCCCUAGGGGUGACCGCAGGCUCGAUGAUGGGCUCGAGCCAGCAGUCGACGCUCAACACGGCGAACAGCCUCCGCGAGGCGAGCGUCUACAUCUUCCUUGCGGUCUCCGCAUGCUUGGUACUCGUCGCAUCCCACCUCGCGUUUGAGGAAGUACAAGCUGGGUCAAACAACUACGACGCGCCCGUCGGCCGCAAGUACCGCAUAUUCGUGCUCCUCGCCAUCGCAUUUCUCUGUCUCGCACGCGAGGCGUUCUAUGCCGCGACAGAAAACAACGUUGCCAAGCAAGACAGUGCACGGCUCUGGUACCCGCUCUCUGCGCUCACUGAGCUCCUCGCAGUUCUGCUGUUUGCAGUCCCCGGGCUCGUCCCGUCGAGACGCGAGAUCGCCGAGGCUGGCGAGCAGCUCAAGACGACGGAUUCAAGCUCGAAUCUGGAGCUGCAUGGCUAUAGUGCUUGAUUUUUUUCCCUGCCGUCCGGUAUAUCCCUGUUUAGGUGUGUUGCGUAUAUCCAAAGAAAGGCCAAUACGCGCGUCUCGGACAAUAGUGGUAUGUCUCGUCACUUGUACCGCUUCGUAUCCGUGAAAGAGGGCCGCCCUACUCCACGGAUGAGGCAAAUGGGUGACCAACAGCGUCGAAGAGGUUGCAAAGCCUCGUACCAAAAUAGAACGCCCUCCUGAUUGGAGGCGUCCUCGCACACAUGCUCGCUUCCAGCCUCUUAAGUUUCGGAAGAGGCGGUACCGUCGUUCCUCCAUAUGGACUCGCACCGCCAUUUAGAACCAAGUCUUGUGCAAUAAUAGAGCGUUGUGACCGCCCCAA